CCCCUCUCUCUGUCUGCUCUCCUCUCCUCCCCCCUCCUUCCUUCUUUCCUUUUCCCUUCCCUCUCAUGCUCCCCUCGGUGAUGGUGUGGCUUCAGCUGGCUGCUAUCCACCUCUAGGCCCCAAGCCCCGGUGGCAUUCCUCCUCCUGCAGGGACAGAUCCUAUAUACCUCUUGCAUCCAUAUAUAACAUUACUGUGCUGCUAAAGGUUUUAAUUCGGCAUCUUGGUGCGAGCUGUCGACCGAGAAACAUUGCCGUCAUUAUGAAUGAAGUAGCGAUUGUAAAAGAAGGUUGGCUUCACAAACGAGGUGAGUACAUAAAGACCUGGCGGCCCCGUUACUUUCUCCUCAAGACAGACGGUACUUUUAUUGGUUACAAAGAGCGUCCGCAAGAUGUUGACCAGUUAGAAACCCCUUUGAACAAUUUCUCCGUAGCCAAAUGUCAACUUAUGAAGACAGAACGACCAAAACCAAACACAUUCAUCAUCCGAUGUCUCCAGUGGACCACAGUUAUAGAAAGAACGUUUCACGUCGAUUCUCCUGAGGAGAGAGAAGAAUGGAUAAAAGCCAUCCAGGCAGUAGCCGACAGCCUUAAGAAACAAGAAGAAGAAAUGAUGGAUUUUAGGUCUGGCUCUCCGAGCGAUAACUCCGGUGCGGAGGAAAUGGAAGUUUCUUUUUCAAAACCAAAACACAAAGUAACUAUGAAUGAAUUUGAAUAUCUAAAGCUGUUGGGGAAAGGUACCUUUGGAAAAGUUAUUUUAGUCAAAGAAAAAGCAACGGGAAGAUAUUACGCUAUGAAGAUUUUAAAAAAAGAAGUAAUUGUUGCAAAGGAUGAAGUAGCGCACACACUGACUGAAAACCGCGUCUUACAGAACUCUAGGCACCCUUUCUUAACGGCAUUAAAAUAUUCCUUUCAGACUCACGAUCGUUUAUGUUUUGUUAUGGAAUAUGCAAAUGGAGGAGAGUUAUUCUUUCAUCUAUCAAGAGAACGUAUAUUUUCCGAAGAUCGAGCCCGGUUUUAUGGAGCAGAAAUUGUCUCUGCGUUAGAUUAUCUUCACUCGGAAAAAAAUGUAGUUUACAGAGAUUUAAAGUUGGAAAAUCUUAUGCUGGACAAAGAUGGACACAUAAAAAUAACAGAUUUCGGUCUCUGCAAAGAAGGAAUAAAAGAUGGGGCGACCAUGAAGACGUUCUGCGGUACCCCAGAAUACCUUGCUCCAGAAGUACUAGAAGAUAAUGACUAUGGCCGGGCAGUGGACUGGUGGGGUUUAGGUGUGGUCAUGUAUGAAAUGAUGUGCGGUCGCCUCCCCUUUUACAACCAGGACCAUGAAAAACUCUUUGAACUUAUUCUUAUGGAAGAAAUUAGAUUCCCUCGCACUUUAUUACCGGAAGCAAAAUCUUUACUAUCGGGUUUGCUGAAGAAAGAUCCAAAACAAAGGUUAGGUGGCGGCCCUGAUGAUGCAAAAGAAAUCAUGCAACACAAAUUUUUUGCAGGAAUCGUAUGGCAGGACGUUUAUGAGAAAAAGCUUGUACCACCAUUUAAACCACAAGUCACAUCGGAGACAGAUACAAGGUAUUUUGAUGAAGAAUUCACGGCGCAGAUGAUUACCAUUACACCGCCAGACCAAGAUGAUAAUCUGGAAUUUGUUGACAAUGAAAGACGGCCGCACUUUCCCCAAUUUUCCUACUCUGCGAGUGGAAAUGCUUAGAUGUUUCACAAAAACUUUUUUUUUUUUUCCUUUAUUUUUCCAUUGCAACACACAGACUUCAUAUUUGGGCACUAAUUUCAUCAGACUUUGUACAGGACUUUCUAUAGCCUAUGAAUUACAAACUGUUUGUAUGACCACAAAGGAAUUGACGAAUGUCUGGGGAAAAAGUCUGUACGUAAAAAGAAAAAAAAAAAAAAAAUGGUUCUCUCAUUUCACAUUUGCAAAGAUGAACAUAUUCCAUCCAUUCAAUUUUUAUGUAUGUAUUUUUUUUUUAAUAUACAUACAUUCAUAUACAUUAUGUUGGACGCUGCCGCACAGCCAAUGUCUUGAGAACGUGCUCACGAGUUGUCAACGGAACUACGGAAGAAUGAGCAUAUCAUGAAUAAGAAAAGAAAAAAAACAAAUAAAGUUACUAUUCUCACUUCCCUGGUCACCCUGUACCAUAAGCAAUGUUCUUUUAUUUAUUUUUAGAGUUUUUAACUUUUUCAAAGUGUGGGAAAUUGGAUGUAAUUAGGAAAUAAAAGAAGGCAUAGUCGAUAGUGCAAUAAUGAGAAAGUGAAUGUGUUGUGAGUACUUAAGUCACUUUUUUUUUACUUUUU